ACCUGCUACGAUCACCAGUGUAUUGUUAGUGAGUUAUUCCGAGUACGUCAUCAUAAGUAGUUAGUUGUUAUCUACAAGAUAAUUGAAUAACAAACACUCAGCUCAGCGUCAGCCCGACGACACGAUGGGUGAAUGUUCGUGUCGCCGGCGAUGAACGUGAAUCAGCAGACAAAUGAUUCCGCCCAGUGUUAGCUAGCAGGCUAAAGCUAACAGGCUAAAGCUGUGCGCUGACGUGCUCCUGUAGCGUCUGGAGAAACCAGCGGAAAAAAAACAUGCGCCUCGUUUGUUUACCAGACUUUUAGUUUAUUCAUUAAAACCGAAGAUAAACAGGGAAAAACUCUGGUUCGAGUGAAUUCAGGUCUUUUCCUGGUCGAGAAGCGUUCGAGUUUUUUCCCCCUCAGGUCGGCUCAUACUGCAGAUUGCCAAGAUGAAGAUGUUCUCAGUGGCCCACAAGACGGUCUUCGUGGUGGACCACUGUCCCUACAUGGCCGAGUCCAGCCGUCAGCAGGUGGAGUGCGACGUGCUGACAAAGAGUCGGGCCCAGGGCGUGAUUCCUCUGGCCCCGGUGUCCAAGUCCCUGUGGACGUGUGCCGUGGAGUGCUCCAUGGAGUACGCUCGCAUCCUGUAUGAUGUUUAUCCAACGGACAAACUGAUCAAUUACAUUGUGAGUGAUUCAGAGUUUCACAUACUGAACACCUGGAGGCAGGAGAAUCAGAGCACUCAUGAGCUCAUGUCAGCUUUGGCAGCUGUUGGGCCACCGAACCCACGCGAGGACCCCGAGUGUUGCAGCAUCCUGCACGGGCUGGUGUCUGCCGUGGAGUCGUUGUGCAAGAUCACGGAGUUGCAGCACGAGAGGCGCACGUCUCUCAUGGACACGGCUGAGAGAGUGGCCAACAGGGGCCGAAUUAUCUGCUUAACCAACGCUAAAAGCGAUACUCACGUGCGCAUGCUGGAAGACUGCAUCCAGGAGACGAUCUUAGAACAGAACAAGCUGGCGGCAGGUUCAGACAGACUCAUGGCCAUUCAGAAGUGUGACCUGGUUUUAAUUCACAUCCACCCACAGGGUGAAGAGCCGCUGGUGUCUGACCGAAUUAAGAAAGAGAUCUCUCCCCUGCUCACUAGUGAGGUUCACAGUGUUCGUGCUGGGCGGCACCUCGCCACCAAACUCAACAUCCUGGUCCAGCAGCACUAUGACUUGGCCUCGACCACCAUAACAAACAUCCCAAUGAAGGAAGAGCAGCACGCCAACACAUCAGCCAAUUACGACGUCGAGCUCCUGCAUCACAAAGACGCUCACCUGGAGUUUUUUAAAAGUGGAGACUUGCACAUGGCUGGAAGCAGCACUCGAGAAAAUGGACUCAAAGAGACAGUGACUCUGAAAUGGUGCACUCCAAGAACCAACAGCAUAGAACUACAUUACUGCACUGGAGCAUAUCGCAUUUCCCCCACAGACGUGAACAGUCGGCCAUCGUCAUGUUUGACAAAUUUUCUUCUGAACGGUCGAUCGGUGCUUCUGGAGCAGCCCAGGAAGUCGGGGUCAAAGGUCAUCAGCCACAUGCUCAGCAGCCACGGCGGCGAGAUUUUUCUGCACGUGCUCAACAGCAACCGCUCCACCCUGGAGGACCCGCCCUCCAUCAGUGAGGGCUGUGGAGGUCGAGUGACCGACUACAGGAUCACAGACUUUGGAGAAUUCAUGAGGGAGAACCGACUGACUCCAGUGUCAGAGGCUUCCCACAAUCCUUCGGGCAAGCUGCCAGCCGAGAGGGCUAAGGCGCAGCUGGAGCGGUACACUCGGUACUGGCCAAUGAUCAUCUCCCAGACCACCAUCUUUAACAUGCAGGCCGUGGUGCCUCUGGCCAACCUGAUAGUGAAGGAGACUCUGACUGAGGAGGACGUUCUGACCUGUCAGAAGACGGUUUACAACCUAGUCGACAUGGAGAGGAAGAAUGAUCCGCUUCCUAUUUCCACUGUGGGAUCCAGAGGCAAAGGCCCCAAGAGAGAUGAACAGUACCGUAUAAUGUGGAACGAGCUGGAAACUCUGGUGAAGACUCACGCCGGAGCCACCGACAAACACCAGCGGGUUCUGGACUGCAUCAUCGCCUGCCGCAGCAAACCGCCCGAGGAGGAGGAGAGGAAGAAGAGGGGGAGGAAGAGGGAGGACAGGGAAGACAGGACGGAGAAAAAUGGCAGCAAGGAACCGGAGGACAAAAGCUGGCAGGACUCAGAGAGGCUAAAGAGUUCGGUGGAAAAAGAGGAGCCGGAGACCGAGGUGAUCAAGGAUUCCCCCGACUCGCCAGAGCCGCUCAACAAGAAACCACGGCUGAUGACAGAAGAGGUUCAACCUCCGGAGCGAGCAAAAGGUCCGGUCUCGCUCCUCACCAUGUGGACCAAUCGUAUCACCACAGCUAAUUCCAGGAAGCACCAAGAGUUUGUCGGACGAGUGAGCUCCGUCAACAACAAGUUCGAGCUGUACCAGCAACUGAAGGAUGAGAACGGGAUGGAUGUUCAUGAAAACGGCAAAGCCACCAGAUGAUGUCGCCGUGGAAACCCCACGCUUCAAACCUUAGCCGGGAUGAGAUUGUGGACAAGUAUUUUUCAGACUUUAAACCCCCCCAUCGAAAUAAAACAGACGGUGGACUCUAACAAGGAAUUUAUAAUUUUUUUACCCAUGGUUUUGUAGAUAUGUUCACAUAUUGUGUAACAAUAAAAGCUGUCAGUAGAAAACUUU